AUGCUCAAGACCCUGACCGGGGAGCAGAUCGAGGACACCGCCGAGCACCUCGCGACCCGCGUCCAGCACAGAUCGCCGAACGUCAAGCUCAAGGCGCUGCGAUGCGUCAAGUGGCUGUGCCAGCGAGGGAACGAGCCGAGGUUCCGCCGCGCGAUGACGAAGCGCAGCGGCCCCGUUCGCACGUGCGUGUCGCACACGGGUAGACCCGACCCGCAGCGCGGCGAUGCCCCGCACAAGGCGGUGCGCGACAUGGCCAAGGAGACCCUCGAGGCAAUGUUCGCAAACGACGGAUCCGGCGGAGGAGGAGGAGGGCGAAUGGAAGGGUUCGGAAGCGACACCGCGGCACACACCGGCGCGCCCCACGCCUCGCACGACGUGAGCUUCGACGGGAACGAGCAGCUCGGGUCGUGGGGCGGGGUCGCCGAGCCGACGAACGGCUUCGGCGGCGACGAGGCGACCGCCAUCAUAGGCGACGGGCCCGCGCGGCUGAACAAAAUCUCGGGCACGUGGGGAGCGCCGGAACCGCCCCGCGCGCCCCCACCGGCUCCGACGCCGUCCCCGCCGCCCGCCGUCCCCGCCGCCGCCGCCAUCUCCAACCCGUCCCAAGCACCCGCGCAGGCUCCCGCGAUGAGACUCGCGAGCAGGGACAUCUGGGGCCAACCGGCUCAGCAACCGACUCGGCAACCGGCUCGGCAACCGGCUCAACCGCCGAGUCCGCCCCUAUCUCCCGUCGCCGCCGGCGCCAACGCGCCGUUCACGCUCGAGGGCAGCGAGGAGCAGAGAAGGGUGGACGCGUUGUGCGCCGGCGGCGGCGUGAAACUCGCGCCCGCCGUGGACGCCAUGGACUCGUUCGCGGGCGCGUGCGGGGGUUUACGACCCGAGGGCGUGGCGGCCGCCCUCGCGCACAAGAUACGUCGCGGGGAGUGGCGGGAGGGGUACAGGGCGGCGUGCGUCCUGGAGCACGUCGCUAAGAGGGGCGGGUGCGAGGCGGUGGUGCGCGCGUUCGCGUCGGCGGAGGCGGACUCGCUCGACGCCGCCGCCGCGAUGGGCGCCGGGUCGCACGAGCUUCUUCGAGCCAAGGCUGGGGAGGCCAAGGCGGCGGUGGCCGCGUCGCUGGGCGGCGUCGCGAAUCCAUCGACGACGAACGCGCCAAAGGUGGCGGGCGGCGGGGGCGUGGACCUGUUCGGGUUCAUGGGCGACGGGACAACCCCGGCGGCGGCGGCGGCGGCGGCGACGAGCUUCGACGCAUACGCAGUCGCGCCGCCGCCGAACGCGCCGCCAGCUGUGCCCGCCGCUUUCGCGCCCCCGCCGGACCUGCUCGGCGGGUUCGGGGACAUGUCUUUAGGCGGGGGCGGCGCCCACGCUCCCGCGUCCGCUCCGCCGGCGCCGGCGCCGGGUGUCGAUCCCUUUGGCGGUUUGCUCGGGGGUUUGUCGUCGCCGCCGCCGGUUGUCGUUCAGACGGGCGGCGCCAUGUUCGGUGGACUGGACCCGUCGAUGAUGACGGCGAAACCGAAUUCGUCGCGGUCGCCGUCGUCCCCCACGGCGCUCAACGGGAAGCAGAGCACGUACCAGCAGCACAAAGACGUGAAGGCUUUCGAUUUCGUGUCCGACAUGCUGAAGAAGAAGUGA